AUGGGGAAGGGGAUCGCGGAGCUGAUGGAGGCGAUUGAGGAACUUGAGCAGGAGAAACGAAGAGACGAGAUCAAAGCUCAGAACGAGCUCGAAGAGGAGCGGAGAAAAUUCUUCCAGCAGAAGAGACUUCUCCUCCUUAACUUGCAAGAUGCUCAUGACAAGAGGAUUAUAGCCCUCAAGUCUUUCAUCGCCGCCACAGCUCACUCCAUGCUUACCCACGUAAACUCCCUCGAUCUCAGCCAGCAGGCCUUCUCCAGCUCGGGACUUCUCUCUGCGGACUAUCCUGUCACCCCACCUUCCUCCUCUCCUCUUCUCGACGUACCUCCUCCCCCCCCUCCUCUUCCUCCAGCUGACCACCAGCAGGACUCUCUCUUCAAAACCGCAGUCAACGGUGGCCCCAACACGCCCUCCCCCCGCAGCAGCUCCAACGAGAGGAGGACGAGCCUAGAGGACGAGCUCUUCCUCUCCUUGUCUCGCUCCAACGGGGCCGACCUGAAGGCUCCGCCGGAGGCUGAGAGGGGAGAGCUUUCCCUGUCGUCGCCUCCCCCCAGCAGGAGCGAGCUUCACGCCUUCUUUCACCAGCUCGGAGGUCGCCAGGGUCAGCUGGGCGGCAGCCCGACCCCCCGGUCGGAAGGUGCAGAAGGAGCUGCAGCGGCAGGGAGAGAGGAGAUGCUGUUCAUCUCCUAG